CUUUCAAUUAAUGAAAGGGUGAAAAGGGAAAUAAUGUGAAUAAGUCUUAAAUCUGAAAGUGGAAAUUAUUUGUGGAGCAAAGUAAUUUAUAACAUUGAGUGGAAUUCAUCAGAAACAGGGAAGACAUUCUGAAUUUUCAGAACAUGAACAAAAUAAUUUGCUCUUUCCACGUAAUGAUGAAACUUUUCAAAGUGAUCAUGAUUUAGAAGAAUUGCCCCAGAAAGAUCAUAGAGUAAAGAAGGGGGUGGAUCCUGUUUCCUUGAGACACAAAAAGUUGCUCUUGUGCAUAAUAUUUUUUUUUUUUUCAAUCCUCCAGAGGGGGAGAACUUUCUGUGAUUUUUCAUCUUGAUAUUGUUGUUGGGGCUGCUUUUGAAUUGGGAUUUUGAGAGAUGAACCAAAUUGAUACAGAAGUCCAAAAACCAGUAUGAGAAAUUCUUUAGUUUUGCCUGGUGGCAAAGAGUCACUGUUUGAAGUUUUCCUGGUUUGGCAAUUCACUGACUGAAGUUAAAAGCAUGGGUUAUUAUCAAAUUUCUGUUUUUCCUCUCAAUAUAAUAUCAGAAAAAAUGUCCCACCAUCCCUGCAAAAGACAUUAAUUCUCAGACCGUUGAUGAGACACAUGCAACUGAGACCAUUAACUCAUCUCCACCCCUACCCAAUAUGAGGAGAAGAAAUGAUAAAAAUUAAAGAAUAAAUAAAAAGGAAGUCGAGGUGGGGGAGGGGAGAGAGAGAGAGAGAGAGAGAAACUUAUAACACUUAUUGAAUGCGACUUUUCUUUCUAGAGGGCCUCGUCUUAUAUUAAUUCAACUUCCUUUCUCAGCUGCUACUUCAUUUUCUAGCCUACCCAUAUCAAAACCAUCGAUCUCUCUCUCUCUCUCUCUUACAUUAUUUUUUACCGAAGCUAGCAUUCAAAGAUACUGUUCAGAACCACCCCUGCUCAUUGCUGACAAUUUCACCUAGGAUUCAGCAAAGUUGCUGUUUUAGGAAAGGUCUCUUCCUCAUUUUUUGGUCUGUCUCAAAAUGGGGAGGCACUCUUGCUGUUACAAGCAGAAGCUAAGGAAAGGUCUUUGGUCUCCUGAAGAAGAUGAGAAGCUCUUGAGGCAUAUUACAAAGUACGGUCAUGGUUGCUGGAGCUCUGUCCCUAAACAAGCUGGUCUGCAGAGGUGUGGAAAGAGCUGCAGAUUAAGGUGGAUUAAUUACUUGAGGCCUGAUUUAAAGAGAGGCACAUUCUCUCAAGAAGAAGAAAAACUCAUAAUUGAACUUCAUGCGGUUUUGGGGAAUAGGUGGUCCCAAAUCGCUGCACAAUUGCCAGGAAGAACCGACAAUGAAAUUAAAAAUCUAUGGAACUCUUGCUUAAAGAAGAAGCUUAGGCAGAGAGGCAUUGACCCUGUCACGCACAAACCGCUCUCAGAGGUUGAAAAUGGAGAGGACAAGAGUCAACAAACAAAUAACCGGGAAAUGGCGUCCGGGGCAUCUAGUGAAUUGAACCUCAACACCAAUAAUCCUAAACCUGGGGCAGGUUUACAUGAACAAAGACCAACUUCGGUUACUGCACAAGGUUAUCAAUUGGAAAUGGAAGGCUCUUCCAGUUCCAAGACAAUGAACAGAAGCAAUAACAAUAGCAACAACAAUAACAAUUUGAUGACAUCUACAGUCAGCAAAGACUUCUUUCUUGAUAGAUUCGCGACCACUCACCAUGAAAGCACAACGACCAACAGCCAGCCUUCUGAUUUGGUGGGUCAUCUUCCAAUUCAGCAAUUGAACUAUGCAUCCAAUGCCAGGCUCUCAUCCACCUCAAACCCUACUCUCUGGUUCACCCAAACUAGCAAAGCUUUCGAUACCAAUUCUGAAUUUUCUUCAAGUUCGAUGUCUACUCUUCUCCCACCAUUGACAAGUUCAUUUUUCUCUGCUCCCAUGGGGUUUAAGCCUUCCAUCAUCAUUUCCUCUGAUAGUCCGUCAAUGGCCUCGUUUACGGUUAAUGGAUCCCGCUAUUGGGAAACUGGUGCCUCCGCUAAUAACAGUAACAGCAGCAGCAGCACUGAGCUACAAAGCAACAGCUCCUUCUUUGAUAAUAAUAAUUUCUCAUGGGGAUUGGCAGAUUGUAGCACAUCAGAGAAAGAGGCUCCAAUCCAUCUAAUGGAAAGUCAAGCAGAAGAAAUCAAAUGGCCAGAAUAUCUCAAUAACCCAUUAUUAAUGGCGGCUGCUUUGCAAAAUCAAACUCCACAAUCCUUGUACAAUAUCGACAUAAAAUCAGAACCAUAUUUCCUGACUAAUAGUUCAUCAAACAGUAUGUGGCCUCAUAGCCAACAGCAGCAACAAGAGCCUUUACAAAAUUCCGAUAUGUGUGCUAAGGAUAUCCAGAGACUUACGGCAGCGUACGGACAUAUUUAGCAUUGCAUUUAUGAAAGGACCCUCUUUUCCUUAGAAGAAAAGCAAAGAAGAGGGGGGGACUUGAACAAAUGCCAUUUUCAUAUCAGGUGUGUACCACAGAUUUUUCUUUUUCUUUUUUCUUUUUUCUUCAUUCUCGUGUAUAUAGGUCUGAUACAAAAAUUUAUCAUCUCUGCUUUUGGACUAUUUGUGAGCAAAACAAUCUUGUUGUUAACUUUUUUCCCUCUUUCUUCUUGUGUGGGGUAGAACUGCAGAAUAAGGCUUGUUGUAGUGUCUUUUACUCUUCUUCGCCUCGUUGCAUAUGGCCAUAUUUGAAUGUUGCAUUUCUAUCUGUAAACAAUUGUUGAUGAAAGAAAAAUAUAUAUAUUUGUUAUUCAUCCAUGGGGUUUUCAAGCUUUCUUUCGUUAACAUUUAAACCACUUUUCGUACGACUUGCUACAGAUAUUAUGGAGCAGAUAUGAAGUUUUCUGCAACUGCAAUCUAUCCAAAUCUUUCCUUUAGACUGCCAUUUCCUUCUAUAGAUAAUAACUGAAAAAUACAUGAAACUUUCAGCGCUUUUUUCCAGUUCCAACAUUCAAAAUUGGUUGUCUAUCAUUGUCCGGAGGACACAAAGAAAUCGUAAUCGCUUUUAUAACAGCUUUAUCACUUUUUUUUGUUCCUUCGCUUUUAAUUUUAGAUUAUUUUGGAGUAAAUGAAUCCAUUAGUUGGGGGCUGCCUUUUGGCUUAAACAAUCUUAAUGCCCUUAAAUUACA